UUAGACUGCGCCGAGGUAAAGAUCGGAGUUAGUGAUCCCAAAACCUCCUUAGUGACUUCCCUUUAUCCUUGAACUUAUUCUGAACUUAUUUUUGUAUUGACAAGAUGGCAGCCCCAACAAUGAGGAACUCUUGUGGCAUGUUUCGUCUUUUAUAUUCUGCUCGCAAUAUUGGGCUUCAAACCAGACAGAAUGCAAUUUGGAGCAAUGUGGAAAUGGGCCCUCCUGAUGCCAUUCUUGGUGUUACAGAGGCAUUCAAAAAAGAUACCAACCCUAAAAAGAUGAAUCUUGGUGUUGGAGCAUACAGAGAUGAUGCAGGAAAGCCCUAUGUUUUGCCAUCUGUGAAGAAAGCAGAAGAUGAAAUUCUUAAAGCUGGACUUGACAAAGAAUAUGCAGGAAUUAUUGGAGUUCCAGAUUUUUACAAUGCUGCCAUUAAGUUAGCUUUAGGAUCUGAUUCAUCAGUCAUUAAAGAGAAAUUGAAUGUUACCACACAAGCUAUUUCUGGAACUGGUGCAUUGCGUGUUGGAGCUAAUUUUUUUGCCAAGUGGUAUACAAAAAGUAAGACAUUUUGGUUACCUACACCAUCAUGGGGCAAUCACACUCCUAUUCUCAAGCAUGCUGGUUUAAAUGUCAACUCCUACAAAUACUAUGAUCCUAGCACUUGUGGCUUUGAUUUUAAAGGUGCCAUUGAAGAUAUUAAGAAAAUUCCUGAAGGUGAUGUGAUUUUGCUCCAUGCCUGUGCCCAUAAUCCUACUGGUGUUGACCCCAAGCCUGAGCAAUGGAAAGAGCUGAGUCAAGUUAUUAAGCAAAGGAAACUCUAUCCAUAUUUUGACAUGGCCUAUCAAGGUUUUGCUAGUGGAAGCACAGACACUGAUGCUUUUGCAGUUCGUACUUUCAUUAAUGAUGGCCAUCAGAUUGCCCUAAGCCAGUCUUUCUCCAAAAACAUGGGACUUUAUGGUGAAAGAGUUGGAGCCUUCUCUAUAAUUUGCUCUAGUGCUGAGGAAGCUGAAAGGGUGAUGUCACAAGUUAAGAUUAUCAUUCGACCCUUGUACUCCAAUCCCCCUGUACAUGGAGCUAGAAUAGCUGCCAAGAUUCUUAACACUCCAGAGCUCAAUGCUCAAUGGUUGAAAGAGGUUAAAGGAAUGGCAGAUAGAAUCAUUACAAUGAGGCAACGUCUCAGAGAUGGUCUAAAGAAAGAAGGAUCAAGUCGUAACUGGCAACACAUUACUGAUCAAAUUGGCAUGUUUUGCUUCACUGGACUUAAACCAGAUCAGGUUGAGCGCUUGACAAAAGAAUUCUCCAUUUUCCUGACAAAGGACGGCAGGAUAUCUGUGGCUGGUGUAUCUUCCAACAAUGUAGACUACUUGGCUCAUGCCAUUCAUCAGGUUACCAAGUAAAGGAAGAGAUUAGCAAAGUGACUUUUUAUUGUAACAUCCUGCUUAGCAGAUAGAAAACAUGUAGGCUUAUUAGAACCAAGUGUAAAUGUUUCCUUGGAAUACUGUGAUCUCAUAAAGGAUUUAUUUACACUUGUCUUUUUUUUUUUUAUUAUAACCAGAAAAAAAUAUGUUGAAAAGUGAAAUACUGUUCCCAAUCUGAAUCUGGUGAAAUAUUUGUUCCUCUUUCCUUUUACAUGUGUGAACUAAUGUCCAAACUAUAUGAGUAUGUUCAUUAUUUAGUAGAAACAAUUUCCUUGCAAUUAAGUGAUAUUAUGAACAUUUUUUUUUUUAAAAGCUUUUAGAUAUUAUGAUGGAAAAAAAUAAUAGUUUACAAUCUUAUUGAAAUGUUCCAUAGGGUAAAAAGAAACAAGAGCUUGGUCUUGUGUUUUCUUUCUGCUCUUAUGGAUCUGUCAUGUUUUAGGUGGAUCUAAUCUAAUCUAAUGCAAUCAUUCAAUAUUGUUUAUUGUCUCUAUUUAUGCUGUCUUUUUCUCACAUUGUCUUUGUGUCAUGGAAAAUAUUGUAUGUACAUCUACACUGGGUUACUGUUAGAAAUGUAUAAAAUUGAUGUUAACAUGA